AUGACUACUCAAACUCUUCCCAAUCUCAUUUUCGGGACGGAGAAUGCUGAGGCGUCCGCGCCCGCGGUGUUCGCGCCAGCUCCGAACGAGAUAGCACUGACACGUCAGCAUCUGCAGCAGGCUAGCCAGCAGGUGGCCGACUUGAUUCUGUCGAAGGGUGAGGCCAAUUCAAGCGGAGUCGGUAUAGACGGACAGCCGGUGGUUGCGCUGGCCCUUCCCAACGGCCUCGGCUUCGUUUGCACCUUUCUGGGCUUGGUCAGCCGUGGUGUCAUCGCUGCUCCGCUGAACCCAGCCUACACCGUCCCGGAAUAUGAGUUCUACCUGAGCGACUCAAAAGCGAGCGUUCUGGUCGUCGACGCAGCUUAUGCGGGCGAUGCAUAUCCGGGAACCGUGGCUGCUCGCAAACUUGGCAUUCCGGUCUGUUCGAUCCAGAUCGAACAAGAUCAGCGAGCAUCUCUGCAAUUGGAUGUAGAAGUGCUUGAGACGGGAGAACAGUCGGAGGAACCAGAAAAGCAUAAGGUCAAAUCCAACGGCGUGGGUCUUCUCGUCGCUUCUCCCACGGCCGAUUCCAUAGCCCUCAUCUUGCACACAUCAGGGACGACAGGCAAGCCCAAAGCCGUGCCAUUGUCCCACGCCAACCUCUGCUACGGCGCUCAGAACGUGGCCCAGGCCUACGGUCUCGGUCCUAGUGACCGUGGCUACCUCAUCCAGGUCCUUUUCCACAUCCAUGGCAUUGUCGCCGGACUGCUCGCGCCUCUGGCAUCUGGGGGAAGUGUUGUGGUUCCAGGCAAGUUUGACGCCAACGUGGCAUGGCACGAAUUCGUCGCAUCGAGCUGCUCUUGGCUCUCGGGCACGCCUUCAGCGCUGCAGAUCCUCCUCCACGCACCAAACGCCGGCCCUAAUCUGGGCAUCAAGUUCCUACGCAGCUGCUCUUCGCCACUGCUGCCUUCGACCUUCAAAGAGCUGCAGAGGGUCUUCGAUUGCCCAGUGUUGGAAGCAUAUGCCAUGACCGAAAAUGCUCAUCAAAUGACUACCAACAUCCCCGGUCAAGCCACGCCAGGGCACGUCGGCAAAGCAUCAGGCUCAGUGCGCCUCUGCAUCUUCAGCGAUGACCCCGCCGCUGGUCCGCUCGCGACCGACGUCCAGGGCGAGAUCUGCAUCACUGGGCCCUCUGUCACGAGGGGCUACCUCGACAAUCCCGAAGCCAACGCCAAGGCCUUCUUCACCGACUCUGACGGUACGCCCUGGUUCCGCACGGGCGAUAUCGGUGUUCUAGACGGCCAAGCCGGGGGGAACCUACGCAUCGUGGGGCGGAAGUCCGAGAUAAUAAACCGCGGCGGCGAGAAAAUCUCGCCACCUGAGGUCGACGAGGCCAUGGUCCUCUGCGCUGCGCCGCACGUCCGCGAGGCGGCAUGUUUCGCGGUCCCGGACGAGUUCUUUGGCCAGGAGGUGGAGGCUGCCGUCGUCCUCGCGAAAGAUGCACCCAAGGAGCUGCGCGAGGAGGCAACUAUUCAGAGGCUUCUUGAAGAACGGCUCGCCCUCUUCAAAAUCCCCAAACGUAUCCACUUCUUCGACGACAAAAUCCCAAAAGGCCCCACGGGAAAGAUACAGCGUGCUCAACUGGCCAAAACGCUCGCAGAGCCGGCUGAUGGCGAAGGCAAGGGAAAGGUUGUCGACAUAGAUCCCGUGGAUCUCCCUGGCCGUAUAUCUAAACUAAUGACAGCGGCUCUGCGCGUGGACGCCGACAGUGUUCAGCCUGAAGUUACGCUCUUGGAAUUAGGCGCUGACUCAAUGAGCCUGACGAGGCUUUUGAGCGACCUGCGUCAUAUAGGGUGCAGUAUCGCUAUGUCGGAUCUAAUACUGAAUCCCACGGUUCAGCAGGUCAUCGACAUGUGUAUAAAGUCUUAUUCCGCCCGGAAAGAAAUCAACAAGACCGACAGUCCUGACCUAGACGCAGCUGAUGCCAACGAACCACCUGCGCCUUUCUCUGUCCUCAGCGAGCACAUCCACAGCCUGGAAGGUGUACCGUCCGUCGACUUUAUCUUGGCCGACGUGGCGAAGCAAACAGGUCUGCAGGUUGAUCAGCUAGAUGAUGUCCUCCCCUUGUCCCCUGAGGCGAAGUGGCUGCGAGACAACGUUGUGAAGCUGUACCUGGGGCAAGCAACGGUGGAUAACCUGCCGCAGAAGCCCCUGCCAACCGGGAUACUGGUCCGCGAUCUUCUCAACAGGGCCAAAAUCAAUCAUGCCAGCAAGGCCAAAUUCUGGAGGGACGACGCCGCAAGCCACGGCGCCGCAGAACGGCCGCCCUACAUUCCGCCACCGGAAGCAGGCGUCGGCGGCAGGGUGUCCCGGUGGUCCAUAGACGGCGCCUUCCACCAGGCCAUCUGGACAGGCGAUCUCAAGGGCCUAACCCUCGCACUCGGGAUGACGGCGCCCACAGUCGUCCAGACCAUCAUGCCCCUGGCACUGGCGGCCUUCGAGUACCAGGGCACGCGCGCGCUGCCCAGGUCCGUCUGCUUCGGGAACAGCUCGUCGUCCCGCAACACGCGCAUCCCGGGCAUCGACCAGUCGCGCGCCUUCGCCAUGUUCUGCCCGCCGUUCCGCUUCGCCCUCGCCCUCGCGCGGCAGUCCCUGUGGCUGCACUGCCACCAGGCCGCGCUCAAGGUGGCGGACAUCAACGCGAACAGGCUGCUGGUCGAGGCGGCGGACACGGCGAGGGACAUCCACGUGCAGUACAACUGGCGCGAGCUGCCGACGGGGAGCCUGUGGGCGAAGACGAUCGAGGACGGGCCCGAGCAGUUCCUGGCGGAUUUCCCGUGCCACACGACUGUGAAUGUCAUGCGGAUGGGCAUUGAUUCGAUCUUCUUGCUGGACGGGGAGGAGGAGGGGUACAUCAGGUGGAGGGAGGAGAAUGGCUUCCCGGUGAGCUUCAUGGAGGUGCUGCAGCGGUGCUUGACUUUCAUGUGCGACAGGAAGGAUGAGCUUGUUGGCCUCACUCUGGAUGACCUUGUGGAGACGGUGGUGGCUUCUUUCGAUACUACUGCUACUGGGCAUGGCUAG